AUGUGUGGGAUCUGUUGUGUGGUCAGUUUGACCACGCUGCGAAAUCCACUCGAGGAGAGUGUGCGUGAAGAGCUUAAAAACAGAGGACCAAAUUGUAGCCAGGACAUCACAGAAACAAUAUCAAAUCCGAAUUGCAGUCUGCAUUUUUCUGCCCAUGUCCUUCACAUGAGGGGUUCCUUGACCCCUCAGCCUCUUCAAGAUGAAAAUGGUAAUUUGCUACUUUGGAACGGAGAGGUUUUUGGUGGUCUUACGGUAGGGGAGGAUGAAAAUGACACACAAGUUCUUCUCCAUCAUUUGAGAAUGGUGCAGAGUGCCUCAGAUAUGGUGUCUUUACUGUCACAACUAAAGGGACCCUGGGCCUUUAUCUAUUACCAAAAAAUGGAACACUGCAUUUGGUUUGGAAGGGACUUUUUUGGAAGAAGAAGUCUCCUUUGGAAAUUUAAUUCGGAAAGAUCGAUUUUCACACUUACGUCAGUUGCAUCCCAGCCAGCAGACAACAUUAAUUCCCAAUGGCAGGAAGUACCACCUCAUGGAGUUUACAGGUUUGACCUAGAGGACCUAGGGACAUUUACGUUUGAACUUUAUCCAUGGGUUUUUCCAAAUGACAACGAGCCAAAUCACAUACUGGAAUCGAAAUGGGACGGUUUUUCCAGUUCUGUCUCUGUAAACAUAAAUAGUUCUGGACUUUACCUGACCUCCCCUGUUUGUCCAAUGAACACAUCUAUUACUCCACCUGGAACUGUUGAACAGGACCAGAAUGCCUCACAAACCUCUAUUGAAAAUCUGAAAGGACUUCUAUCAAACACUGAGAAGAGACAAAUGGUUAACAUGCUUAUUGAUGUUCUCAGUGAGGCAAUCCGUAAAAGAGUACGGUACUUACCUUCUCCAGACCUGCCGGCUCUUCCCUUAAACAAUGCCAAAGCUGAUGUUGCUGUUCUCUUCUCAGGGGGAAUUGAUUCAAUGAUUUUAGCCGCCCUUGCUGAUAGACACAUUCCUGCAGAAAAACCCAUUGACCUGCUCAAUGUUGCUUUCAAAAUUCAAGAUGCAAAAGUGCCGCCCAAGUCCUCGAAGAAAGGAAAGAAUAAGAAAAGCGACCCUGAUGAUGUUGCUGAAACGAAAUCAAAUCUGCAAAGCUUCAACUGUUUUGAUGUACCAGACAGAGUUACGGGUAGAGCUGGUCUGCAGGAACUAAAAAAUCUUAAUCCGCAGCGCAAGUGGAACUUCAUCGAAGUCAACGUAACUCAAGAGGAGCUUAAAGAAAUGCGUCAGAAACGCAUCUGUCAUUUAGUGCAUCCUUUGGGCACCGUUUUGGAUGACAGCCUUGGAUGUGCCCUAUGGUUUGCGGCCAGGGGAAGUGGCUUUAUAAAUGACGUCACUGAACAAGAGCAUUAUACUUCAGAGGCAAAGGUGGUUUUGACUGGCAUCGGAGCCGACGAACAGCUAGCUGGAUACUCUAGACAUAGGGUGCGGUAUAAAACCUCUGGGCUAGAAGGGCUUGUCAAAGAGCUGGUAAUGGAACUGGGUCGAAUAUCCUCAAGAAAUCUGGGAAGGGAUGACCGGAUCAUUGGGGACCAUGGAAAAGAAGCCAGAUUUCCGUAUUUGGAUGAAGAUGUCGUCAGUUUUCUCAACAGUCUGCCUGUGUGGGAGAAGGCCGAUUUGUCUUUACCCAGAGGACUUGGAGAAAAGUUGUUAUUGAGGUUAGCAGCUGUUGAGCUAGGACUGGGACUCUCGGCUCUGUUACCUAAGAGAGCCAUGCAGUUCGGCUCCAGAAUCGCCAAGUUGGAGAACAACCACGAAAAGGCUUCAGAUAAGUGCCAAAGGCUUGCCACAGUGUAAUUUAACAUCAUGUAAGGAGGUUGGAACAUUGGGGUUAGGGUUAAAAGGUAAUUUAAUUUUAAUAUAGAUACACUGUUGGUCUGCUAAUCUACAUUUUAGAAGUCAUUACUGGUUUGGGUCAUUGAGUACAAAUCAAUUCAUUCAAUGAGAUUACAAAUCAAGUUUGAUAUCCAGUUUUAUUCUUGUGCAAAGUUUGAUUGUAAUUGUCUGGACUACAAUAAAUAAACAGUUGGAUUUUGAAGUUGGUCCUUAAA